UAAUGAAUACAGUAAAAAGGAAAACUUUAUUGCCAUUCAAAAUGUUUUCUUAUCUUUAUUAUUGUGACACAUUUUUAACGUAAACCGCGCUACCAUGGGCAGAAUUAGAGGAAAUAUUACAAUGAGUGCUUUUCAAGAAUGCACCGAAAAUGAAGAUUCGUCAGACAAUGACAACUUUAAUAUUCCUACUGCAAAUCUGCAAGAAAACAGAACUUCAUCAUCUCUAAGGCACAGAAAUAAUUCCACAGCAAAUCCUCAGUUCAAGUUCAGAAGGCGUGUAGAUAGUAAAAAUGCCAGCAAAGAAUCUCUAAAAGCAAGUCGAGAAUCUCUAAUGGACAUCGACAGUCCAACGAUUAGUAAACAGACACAAACUUAUUCGAAGAAAAAUAGCUUCAGAAUCAAUUCAUUGUCAAACUACUUAAACUGGAGGUUGAUUGACACAUGCUUGAAGUAUCAGCUCGUAUCGCAGAAGGAUUCAGAUCUGCUGCAUAUGACUUUGAAAAAGGCUUACAUCAAAACGAGGUGUCCGAGUGUUUUUGCAGUGCGAGAGUUGAAGAUAUGCUUCAUGUUGGUGUUAUCCUCACUGGCGUUUUCGUGUGUUGGCUAUUUUGUAUUCGGCGAAUCAUUUUUCACGAUUGAUGAAGUAAGGAUGACAGCUACCAGAUCAAGAUUAAAAGGUUGGCAAGCCUCCUCUCAGACAGUUUCCUUUCUCUCCCUCCUGCCUGAAGAGUAUCACACUCCACUGCAGCUGUCCUUGAUUGGUCUCAGUGUUCUCCUGGCCGCCUGCACUGUCCUCUACCUCCUCAUGCUCAUCUUCAAGUUCUUCUAUUACCUUAGACUCUCAUACUUAGUCUCAACUCUCAUCGCAUCAUUAGAGCACUCUAAGCUGUGCAUUAAAAAUGCAGUGCAAUAUCUGUCUGACUUCUCAAAUGUCAACUCCGGAUUCAAUUUCUCUCACAGAGGACUCGCCAGUCAGGUCAAAAUCGGAGCCAUAGAAGCCAAUGUGCCCCUGUUCCGCAGUCUCACCGAGGUGCUCAUCAUGGACAUCCUCGCUUGUCAGGACUCCUGUUCUCAACUGCCUAGAGAGUGUGUACAACUCAUUGACGUCCAUCUGUGUGAAUCAGUGGACGUUGAAAAAGUCAUCACGACGCUCCAGGACAAUCCGGAUGGCAGCGAUGGGACUGGCAAUGACCACUGUUCUAAGCUGGAAACCAUUGUGCAAUUACACUAUGAACUGGUCACGGAGUUCUACCUCAGUAUCGUACUGAGUCUAGCUCACUCUUUCUUCUCGGGAAAUGAUAACGUGACCAGCGAUCUCUUCUCAGUUUUCAAGUCCUUUAUUGUCAACUACGACUUGUCCAUUGCCCAGAAUCUAGAAAAGGAACUGGACCUUGUCCAAGAUCUUUUCCUAGGUCUGGACUUUGAGGAUGAAGAAGUCAGCGUCGACAGCCUAAGUGGUCGGCGAAAACAGUCUAUGUCAAGUGAGUCCUUUGAGAGAUCUAAUUGGAAAUCGGUGCUGACUAGCUUCAACAUCCACUUGAAAGAAAUAGCAAAACUGGCUUCGGAGUUCAAACGUCAAAGCGAAACAGAUGAACGAAGUUUGGAGAUUGUUACUCAGAGGUUAAUAGCGGCUAUCUCUUGUGUGGAGAAUCUGCAGCUUCUUCAGCGAAAGAAGAAAAAACAAGUUGAAAAUGAGAUGGAGUUGAACGGAAUAAGCGCAGAAGGCGUUACGGGCGGUGAGUCUAGAAGUGAAGAUGUCACAACGAUGGAGCGACAGUAUGUAGCUAAUCUGAAGUGUGACCAGUUUUCCUCAUCAAGGGAGACGACGGAAGAUGAUGUGUUCCUAGGAAAGGACGCCUUAAAUGAGUUCAACCAGCAGAUGUCUUCUCUGGGUCACGGUGACAACUAUGGGCGCGUGACCUUCCACCCUGAAGAGGAUCAAGUCACUCUACAGAAGAGACUGAUGAGGUCGCAGAGGGAGAUCAUGAGUGAGUUGAGUUCUGUGAUGAGUCACAGGGUUGGUGAGCAGAAGAUGAGGGAGAAUGAAGCCAUAGAGAGGAAGUAUGGAUCGGAAGCUGUCCAUGACAUGGGCUGGGAUGUAACUGCAGCUGCCUUCAGAGUGACUGCUGAAGAACCCUGUUUCAACAUGUCCACCCUGGAAGCUUCAUAUCGUCUGCCUUCGAAGAACGAUCUAAGCAAACUGUCAAACAGGUCAGGAAAAUUGUGUCAACACAAUGAGAAUCCGGGACCAUCGGGUGACGGAGAAACUAAAGUUGGCGAGUCACCUAGUCAGAAGAGGGGUAACGGACAUUUUAUUGGAGCGAGAUUACUGCAGGAGGCUAUGUCAGAAGAAGACGUGGACUUGGAAAUUACAGAAACCGAGAGAAGUCCUAAUUUGGAGAACUUAAAUUCAGACGUGGAUCUCAAAAGCGACAACUUUAAUUCUCAAGCACAGACGUUUUCCUCUUUCUCUCCAACGAACACACAGACGUACGACGGCACAUCGCUAGGCGACGACGUCAUCGGAGACGAAGAUGAUGAAGAGUACGAAGUGGACAACACGCAGAAAGAAUUAAUGAAAAAAAUUAUGAGUCAUCACUUACCUCUGAAUUUAAACGAGAUUUCAAUAUCGAACUCGAACACGACUGAAGAGACUUUUGGUAGCUCUUCUUCAAGUAGUUCAGAAGCGGAGAUGGAAAAUACUUUUUCAUCAGAAGAAACUUCAACAAAUUGGUAAAAACCAAUUUGAAUAAAAACAAUAAACAUAUUUCCAUUUGUAGUAUCAGCACAACAAUUUUUCCAUUACUAAAAAGGUGGCUUGAUUUAGCUUUCAUCUUAGUUCCGAAUGAACUGAUCAAAAUGGUCGACUUUGAUAAUUUUGCAUGAUUUAUAGAUUUUGUUUAGAUUUGAUCUUAUAUUGUGAAGUUUUGAUCAAUAGGGUUUCA